AUGCAAACCUCCCUCGAAUCCUUCGUCACCUCCUCAUAUAUACCACCGCCCCUACCGAUACCUCUCGCCACUUCAACUAUCAUAGAAGACCGGCAAUCAACCUUCCAGGCCACCCUCUUUCGCGCUCGCACCGCCACCGAAGCCCGGACAGCAAUCAACCACCUUCGACGCGUUAUUCAUCGUUCAAAUCCUGCAUCGCAUGAGAUUGCUGCAUGGAGGUGCAUGGUGCUGAGGCAAGGGAGGACGGGACUGGGAGAGGAUGAUUUCAUGCUGGUAGAAGGGAGCGAGGAUGACAACGAGAAGUGGGCAGGGGCGAAGGUGUUGGGCGUGAUGAAGAGUUUGGCGGUCUUGGACACUGUUGUCGUUGUUAGUCGAUGGUACGGCGGCGUCAUGCUCGGUCCCGUUCGCUUCACACACAUUGAGGAUUGCACGCGCCAAGUCUGCAACCAAGUCAUCGUCAAAGACGAGAUUGACGACUCGAUCGCAACUCUGACGAAUCUCGACUCCACUCUUGCUGCUCUUCGUAUCGAAUUGGACGCGCUUCGUCAGAGACCUCCCUCGCCACCACCGUCCGCACUGCCAGCGGCCCCUGACGAUCUAUCUACCAGUAAUGCUCACGAUUACUCUACCCUACUGAAAGAUCUCGACGUGAAGAAAGCGAGGAGGCUAAUCACUGCUAGGGAAAACGCAAUCAAGAGUGUUAAGACUCUAGUUAUGAAGGAGAAAGAAAAGCAGAGGGAUGGAGUUGAUUUGGGUGGUGGCGGUAUGAAGAACGUUGUAGCGCGGGUAGAUGAAGGAGGGUGA